UAUUAUUAUUAUAGUGCCUAGUUCUCCCAUUUGCUUUUAUCAAUGUUGCCGUUCUCAGUAGAAUCAUUCAAUGGGCCCUCAUCCACACACGAAAGCCGGCAAAAAUACACGAGCGUUAAAGUACAUAUGUAUGUGUGUGUAUGUCAUAUGGAUGUGUGUGUGUAUAUGUGUGGCUUGCUUGUGCCGCUCUCUCUUUGCGCAUGCAGUGCGCAUAUCCGAUUGGAUUUGGUUUUAGUUGCCAUCGUGUGUGCAAGGCAUGCGGACGCGUUGUAAUUGUUGUGAUUUGUUGUCGAUAAGUUGAAAAUUAUAUCGGCAAGAUGAGUUCCCUCAUCUUUCUGGUAACCAUUCUCAUUGUAUUUCUAAUAUAUUCGCUGUUCAAAUCAAUUCGACGUCCCAGCAAUUUUCCGCCAGGUCCUGGAUUUAUUCCUUGGCUAGGCAAUACUCUGCAGUUCCGUAGAGAAGCACGCGACGCUGGCGGUCAGCAUCUGCUCUUCAAGCAGUGGGCGAAGAAAUAUGACAGCCAGCUACUGGGCCUGAAGCUGGGCCAGGAGUAUGUAGUGGUGGCGCUGGGCCAUGAGCUGGUGCGCGAGGUGCAACUGCAGGAGGUGUUCGAGGGCAGGCCGGACAACUUCUUUCUGCGCCUGCGCACCAUGGGCACACGCAAGGGCAUCACGUGCACGGAUGGCCAGCUAUGGUAUGAACAUCGCAAUUUUGCGAUGAAACAAAUGCGCCACGUGGGCUACGGACGCAGCCAGAUGGAGCAGCAAAUCGAGCAUGAGGCGGAGCAGCUGAUGCAACAACUCACAAAAACGGAUGCGGCGGCCGUUGAACCCGUUAACUGGCUGGCCCAAAGUGUGCUCAAUGUGCUCUGGUGUUUGAUUGCCGGUGAGAGAAUCACCAGCACUGAGGAUGGCACACUGCGUCGCCUCCUCGAGCUGAUGAAUCGUCGCUCGAAGUUGUUUGACAUAUGCGGCGGAAUACUGGCACAAUUUCCCUGGCUGCGUCAUGUGGCGCCCAAUUGGACGGGCUACAACCUAAUACGACAACUGAAUGCCGAGAUGCACAGCUUCUUCAUGGAGACAAUUGCGGAGCAUCGGCGUCGUCUUGAUGAGUGCGAGGCGCGCGGUGUUGAGCAGCACGAGAGUGAUGAUCUGAUCUUUGCCUAUCUGCUGGAGAUGCGCAGUCGGGGCAAGGAUACCGACAGCUUCAACGAGACGCAGCUGGUGAUGACAAUACUCGACUUUUUCAUAGCGGGCUCACAAACGACCAGUAACACAAUCAAUCUGGCGCUCAUGAUGCUAGCCAUGCGGCAGGAUGUGCAAGAGCAGGUACAUGCCGAAGUGGCCGCCAAUAUGCAUAGUAGCAGCAACAGCAGCAUGGAUACGGUUGCAUUUCCACAUCUCAGUCGGCGCGAAUACUUCCACUAUAUGGACGCGUUCAUUAUGGAGGUGCAGCGUUUCUUUCACAUCACACCCAUAACGGGGCCGCGUCGUGCUCUGUGGCCGACCAAGCUGGGUGGCUACGAUAUACCGAAGAAUUCCACAAUACUCAUUAGCCUGCACUCGGUGCACAUGGAUAAGCAGCAUUGGACAGAGCCGCACGAGUUUCGGCCAGAGCGUUUUAUCGAUGCGUCCGGCAAAUGCUCCAAGGACGAUUAUCUUAUGCCCUUCGGAUUGGGGCGCCGUCGAUGCUUGGGCGAUGCAUUGGCUCGCGCAUGUAUUUUCUCGUUUCUCGUGAGGAUUGUCCAGCACUUUCGCGUGGUACUGCCCGAGGGUGAAACACCAUCAUUGAUCCUUCAACCGGGCAUCACACUGACGCCCAAGCCAUACAAAGUGCGUUUCGUAAAGCGCAAGUGAAUUUAGUUGAAAAAUGCUGUGGGCAACAAGUUAUUUACACUGGUCUUUACACACAUUCAAUUACAAUUUUCAAUCCACAAUUCAAUUUGAUAUAAUAAAAGAAAUUUCAAAACGAUUUUGCUAUAAUUUCUAUUGCAAUUUCUUUGUAAUACAGUUUGCUUAAAAUUUGAAAAAGAGUUUAUGGAAACAGUCCUGUUUAUAUUGAUAAUAUCGAUAGCAUCGAUGACAGUCAGAUGGUCGACCAACACAAUUUAUCGACUGCAUAUAUAUGUAAUUCUAUAGUUAUUGCCACCCGGUAAGCAAAGCAGGUGGGAUAUGGAAUGGUGAAUCCCCAACAUCUUUUUACUUGACCAAAAUAAUGAUAUUAAAUUUACAAGAAAUAUAUAUUUAAGUCGUAUAAUACAUCUAUAAAAUUUAUAAUUAUAUUAUAUUAAUAAAAUGCAAUUGAUUAACUCUCC